UCGGGCUCUGCAUCUGUGCAGCUGAGAUGCAUCACAAUCAUCACCAAUCAUGGGUAUCCCUGUCUCCCGAUUGAUGGCCAUGUAUAAUCUCCGAUCAGUUCACUUGUUCAGCUGCGGGAGGGGGUUACGACCAUGUAAUACUACAGUGGCCUCGGGAUUUAUUCUUGUCGACCCGUCUGAUUGGAUCUACGCUCUCAGGGACUCGUCCUGCCAUCCAUGUCCCAUUGGCAUGAUGGAGCCCCCGCCUGACAUUCCUUUCUACCACGCCCUCCUGACCUUCUCGGUUCGAACCAUAUUUAUUUAUGCUGCCCCAUGGUGGACGCAUUGCAUUCUGUCACUGCAGCGUUGUGGCUCUCCCUAGCUAGCUCAAGGCGCAUCCUCGUGGAAUGCUGUCCACAAUGGCCUUUUCCUUCGUUCUUCGUAUUCUAUCCCCCCUUUUCCUAAUCCUGCAACUGUCGACGGCAGCCUCGACGUCCACUCUUCGCCAAUGCCUUCUCACCGCGGUGCAGAAUGACCCAACCCUUGUCGCCGUGGAUGGUGACCUUCUCUAUCAGACGCUCGCCGUUCAGGUCUACAACCUGAACUGGCCCGUCACGCCGGCAGCAGUGGCCUUUCCCAAGUCCACCCAGCAAGUCGCCUCUAUCGUCAAUUGCGCCGCGUCGCUGGGCUACAAAGUCCAGGCCAAGAGCGGAGGCCACAGUUAUGGCAAUUACGGCCUCGGCGGCACCAAUGGCGCGAUCAGCAUCAACCUCAAGAAUAUGAAAUCCUUCUCCAUGAACUACACCAACUACCAGGCCACCGUGGGCGCCGGCAUGCUCAAUGGCGAACUCGACGAAUAUCUCCACAACGCCGGGGGGCGGGCCGUCGCGCACGGCACCUCUCCACAGAUCGGCGUUGGAGGUCACGCAACCAUCGGUGGACUGGGUCCCUCGGCGCGUCAAUAUGGAAUGGAACUGGACCACGUUUUGGAAGCCGAAGUCGUUCUUGCCAAUGGCACCGUAGUGCGCGCCUCGUCUACCCAGAAUUCGGACCUACUAUUUGCCAUCAAAGGCGCUGGCGCCAGCUUCGGCGUCGUCACCGAGUUCGUCUUCCGCACAGAGCCCGAACCGGGCUCCGCAGUCCAGUAUACCUUCACCUUCGGACUCGGAAGCACUUCGGCGCGCGCCGACCUGUUCAAGAAGUGGCAGAGCUUCAUCUCUCAGCCAGACCUCACCCGCAAAUUUGCUAGCAUCUGCACCCUUCUCGAUCACGUCUUGGUCAUCUCCGGUACCUUCUUCGGCACCAAAGAAGAAUACGACGCUCUCGGUCUGGAGGACCAAUUCCCCGGCCACACCAACUCCACCGUCAUUGUCUUCACCGACUGGUUGGGCCUCGUGGCCCAAUGGGCCGAGCAGUCCAUCCUUGACCUGACGGGCGACAUUCCCGCGGACUUCUACGCCCGCUGUCUCUCCUUCACGGAGAAGACCCUCAUCCCGUCCAACGGCGUCGACCAACUCUUCGAGUACCUCGACAGCGCUGAUACCGGAGCACUGCUCUGGUUCGUUAUCUUCGACCUCGAAGGUGGCGCCAUCAAUGACGUCCCCAUGGACGCAACGGGGUAUGCCCACCGCGACACGCUCUUCUGGCUGCAGUCGUACGCCAUCACGCUGGGAUCUGUGUCGGAGACCACCUAUGACUUCCUGGACAGCGUGAACGAGAUUAUUCGUAACAAUACUCCCGGUCUGGGUAAUGGAGUGUAUCCAGGCUAUGUGGAUCCCCGUCUCGAAAACGCUCGCGAGGCGUACUGGGGUUCCAAUCUGCCGAGAUUGAUGCAGAUCAAGUCGUUGUAUGACCCGACCGAUCUGUUUCAUAACCCGCAGGGCGUGUUGCCUGCGUAAUUUGAUUGUGGAGUUCGGGAUUGCUGGGGGGUUUUCUUGAUUCGUACAUGGGUUUCAUUUCUUGGAUAAUUUAUCAAGUAUCUUGUACCUAGUUGGUUGUUUUAAUGAAAUCAGCCUCCGCCCCAUCUAAUUCUUCGAUAUCAUAAUAUCUUUU